AUGUCUGACCUCCAUCUCGAAGUCGGGCAACAGUAUCAAACAUUCGACUUCCCCGCCGCCGGGAAACUGCUGAUUUUGGCUGGCGACAUUGGUCGGCUAAUCGACUACGAAGGUUACCGGGCCUUUCUCGAGCGCCAAGUAGGACGCUUCGCAAAAGUCGGCCUCGUGCUAGGCAAUCACGAAUUUUUCGGCAUGAGCUACGAAGAGGGCAUUUCCAAGGCCAAGCAAUUGGGAAAGGAGCCAUCUCUCGAGGAGAAGCUAGUUCUCUUGAACCAAGGAGUAUGGACUGAUGAAACGACGGGGUCAAUCAUUAUGGGCUGCACCUUAUGGUCUUUCAUUCCUGACUCUGCAAGAGCAAUUGUCGAGUCCAAAGUUGGCGAUUACAAAAAGAUCGACGGAUGGUCGGUCGAUAAGAACAAUGAGAGGCAUGUUGAAGAGGCUGCCUGGCUUGCCUCUGAGCUUCAGUCGCUGUCAGAUGCUUCAAAGCUCAACCAUCAACAACAGGCCCGAAACAUAUUGGUUGUAACUCACCACGCCCCGAGUUUGACUGGUACCUCAGCCCCGGAGCAUGCCGACAACCCGUGGACGCCAGCAUUUGCGACAGACUUGCUACCUAGGCUAGACACUGAUAGAGUGAAGACCUGGGUUUUCGGCCACACCCAUCACACGACGGAGUUGUUCUCUGGUGGCGUCCACUUGAUCGCCAAUCAGCGGGGUUACGUAUUCCCUGGAAGCAGGCCUAAGACCCCACAGGAACCAGCAAAAUGGUCGUGGACACGCAAACCAGAUAGAUCUAAGUUUGAUCCCAAAAGAGUGGUCAGGCUGUAG